GAGAUCCGCUCGUACAGCAGCAGCAGAAACCCUCGCUGUCUGAGAGAGGUGGUCAUCGUCGUUCACCCCAGUGACAGCCAAACCGUGGAUUGUUUCACCAGAGAGUUCACCGGUCAGAGGAACGUCCAACAUGAAGCACGUGGUUUUCAUGAGGUACCAGCUCAACAGGCUGUCGACCAAUCACAGCACUCCUCAGUCUUGUCCACCUCCCUCGAUGUGUACCAGAUGCAGAUCGAUCAACUCACCUUUGAGGCAUCAUCAGGUGACAUUACCAAGGAAGCCAGUGAUGUCAUUGUCAAUUCCUCCAAUCAGAGCUUUAACCUUAAAGCAGGAGUGUCCAAGGCGAUCUUAGACGGUGCUGGAGUAACAGUUGAGCAGGAGUGCGCUCAGCUCGUGAGUUCCACGGCUCAGCCUCGUGCAAUGAUCCUGACAUCAGCCGGGCAGCUGCCCAGCAGGAACAUCGUCCACGUCGUCGGCCAGAACGACCCUGCAAACAUUAAAAACACGGUUUACUCAGUGCUGAAGGUCUGCGAGGAGAACAAGUUCAGCUCUGUGGCCUUCCCAGCCCUGGGAACAGGUCAGGGAGGGGCCAGCCCUUCAGAGGUGGCUGAGGCCAUGGUGGAUGCAGUGGUGCAGUUUGUGAAGAGGAAACAGCCGAGGUUUGUUCGGAGUGUGAAGAUCCUGAUCUUCCAGACGGCCAUGCUGAAACAUUUCCACAUGAGCAUGAAGAAGAGACAGGAAGAGAGGGUGGAGGAGAAGAGUGUCGUUAGCAAAACUGAAGCAGAGCAGCCAAUCACUGCUGACUUAGUCCUGGAGAGGGAGGAGUUUAAGCCCGCAGUGUUUCAGCUGUGUGCCGAUGACCACAAGGCAGCGAGUCAGGCCAAGAAGAGGAUUAAUGACCUGAUUCUGGCUGAGCAGGCACAGAAAACCAUCUCUGACCCCUGCAUUAGUCAGCUGUCACAGGCUGACAUGGAGGAGCUGAAGGCUCUGCAGAGAGAACUGACAGUCAGCAUCCGCCUGGACAAAGGAGCAGAGGACCAGGACCCGGAGAUCCACCUGGAGGGUCUGACCAGGGAUGUCUACACUGCUGAGUCUGCAGUCAGGGACAUCAUCCGUAAGGUGGAGCGGGCGGAGGCCUUGAGGAAAAAGGCCUUGGAGAUGAGUGAGCAGGUGGAAUGGCGAUUUAAGGACCAUAAUGGGUCAAUGGUGGCCUUUGACUUGAACACCAACCUCACCCUCGAGGAAGCUUUCAAGACCAAACAAAAAGCAAAGAUCAAGAUCAACAAUGACGCGUACACCGCCGACCCAGCGCGUGAAAAAGCAGUUUCAGCAAACGGACGUAAUGACGUGGAGCUCCAUCGAAAAGACCUGAAAGGUACCAGCGCUCUGCCUUUGCCUUCAUGUUGGGAGGACAUGAAGGACGACCUGCUGAAGCUGUUUGCUGUGGCUCCAGCAUCUACUGAAUACAACGAUGUGGAGAAGGAACUGACGAAGACCGGACUCAGCCUCAACAUCAUCAGUAUCGAACGAGUCCAAAAUCCGUCACUGUGGCAGAACUACCAGAUCAUGAAGAAACAAAUGGAGGUGAAGAAUAAACACACAAACAAUGAACUGCUUCUGUUUCACGGCACCACUGACACCUCCAUCCAUCUGAUCAACAAACAAGGCUUCAACCGCAGCUACGCAGGAAAACAUGCUGCGAUGUACGGCAACGGCUCUUACUUUGCUGCGGACCCUUGCUAUUCAGCAGGAAACUACGCCACGCCCGACACCAGCGGACACAAGCGCAUGUACCAGGCCAGAGUUCUAGUUGGAGACUACCAAGGACAAAAAGGCAUGAUCACCCCUCCCCCGAAAUCUGGGAGUGCCUCAGACCUGUAUGACAGCGUCACAGAUGACGCUGCUUAUCCAACCAUGUUUGUGGUCUUCAAUGAUAUCCAGGCCUACCCAGAAUACCUCAUCACAUUUACAUAAAGAGCCAUGCUCCUACUGUGCAACAUGUCUGGGAGUCGGGUGUUUUAAUUUAACUUCAGUCUAUCAACUCUGUCAGAUAAAAUAAGACACUGUACGUCUUUGAAGGGGGCGCUGUUGCUUUCAUUUUUCCUGCUGCUGGUGUCACUUUGUACUUUAAAUCUAAUCAGAGGCAGUUUGAAGGAGCAUUAAAGUAACAAUACAACAAUCA